AUGGGCAGGAUACCGGAGAACGAAGAAAAUCCCUCGAAGCUUACGCUGACGUCGGAAUCUGUUGUUUCACCUUUCUUUGGUAGACAGCCUCGUGUGACCAAGGUGGAAAGAAUUUACACUCGAUCUGGUGACACCCUUACAAUGCUUGUAAACAUGGCCACCACAGACUCUGCUGAGUUAGAAGAACAUGUGCGCAUUACUUAUGAGCCCGACGUCCCUUCGAAGAAGGCCUGA